AUGGCACUUCAGCAAGAAGAUAUCAAAGCUCUCGAGCAAACUCGUCAGCGUCUCUUAAAUUUGACUGCUAAUAUCGCAUCUCUGAAAGCUGAUUUCCAGAGGGGCGCACCUCUACCUGAAUACUCCUCAAUAAUGACAUCUUCAUCCAUUCUAAGUACAAAUAUCCAAUCUGUCACCGAUCAUCUCGCCGCCAAUAGUGAACUUCUCUCUCGAAUCGUCGCAUUCCCCUCUACCAAUUUCCCCGGCCGCACACAAGAAGGACUUCUCCUACAACUACUGCGCAAAAAGCUAGAACCACAAGUAGAGACUUGGGUUGAUGAGGGUCGUAAUUUACAAAUAGAUGGUGCGGAAGGCGGGGAAGAUAUCGAAGAAACCUGGAAAUGGGCGGCAGAUUGGAUUGGGCCAAGGAUAAGAGAAUAUGCAGCAAAUGAGGCUACCGAUGAGUAUACGUGGGAGGAGAGGGCGAGUGGUGAUGUUGAUAAUGUCAAUACAGGACUUAAGGAUGAGGAAGAUACUGACGAUGAAGAUGAAGAUGAAGAUGAGGAGGAAGAGGAUGAUGAUGAGGUUAUGGGAGGAAUGGGUAAACGUGCCGAAAAGAAGAAGGCAAAGGCACCAGAGAAGGGAGUUACGAGGAAAGAUGGGAGAGUGAGGACCAAAGAAGAGAUACUGAGAUUUGCUACCAGUGGGGUUAUUUGA